GCUAUGAUUUCAUCGAACCAAAGUCUGAAAACAUGCUCAUCGCGUUUUCAAAAUUGCAUUUAACUUCGGAACUGCCAGAGACGGAGAGAGUGUUCCCCAGCAACACAUCCAACGUCAUACACAAUAAGCGGUCACUGAGGGGUACUAAUUCAAUUGCGGGAACGGGGAGGUAAAAUCCCCUACGCAUCAGUAUGUGGUGUAAGCUCUAUCAGUGAUCAUCCAUCAUCGUACACUUUGGUUAAUGGAGUUUUAUGGUCAGAGCGCACAGGUCCAGGGAGACGCAUGUAUACUAUCGAGUUUCACCGAGGCGAUGGAGUGAGUCGGUGAUUUGUAAAAUAGUGAGGCUCCUUGAUGAUAUCGAGCCUACAGUGGCAGUGAGUUUAUUGAAGAUCAGUUACCAUCACGAGUGCAUCCUGGAUUAUAGGUUACCAAACAGGAAUGUAAAAUAGGCAGUGAGCAGCAGUGGAUACUAGUUUCGAGUCAAAUUUUCUAUCGAUGCUGUGUCAUUUGCCAGCAACAGAAAGGAGAAUAAUUUACCAGUGCUAUUGCCAGUGGGAGGAAUAUUCAACAAAGGAAUUUGUCCCAAGUACGGCUGAAACCAGAACACCCGCUAUCAGUCAACAGUUAGUGCUUUUAAAUCUCAGCAAUAUUCUUGACGCUAAGAAUGGACGAGAUUAGGGCGGCUUUAGCGGAUGCGGAUCCCUUUGCCAGCUGGUGGCCGUUUAUUAUUUCCGGCAUUGUGUUCUUGAUAGCUACGGUGAGACUGUACAUGGGCGGUCAGGUAUGUCCCAACACAAACUCCAUCCGCGACCGGAUCGUAGUGGUAACCGGUGCCAGCGGUGGCAUUGGCAAGGAACUGUGCAAGGAGCUGGUGCGUCGUUCGGCUCACAUCAUAAUGGCGUGCCGCAGCAUGGAGAAAGGUGACCGAGCAAUGCAAUCAAUCAUUCGUGAAAUUCCUGGCGCCUCGCUGGAGCUGCUGCCUCUUGAUUUGCGUUCGUUCGACUGCAUCCGGAGGUUCGUACGGGAGGUUCAGUCCCGUCAUUCGCAGAUCGACGUGCUGAUCAACAACGCCGGUAUCAUAUUUCAUCCGGAAGAGCGAACCGUGGAUGGAUUCGAGGCGCACUUACAGUGCAACUAUUUGGGACAUUUUUUGCUAACUCAAUUGCUGCUGCCAAUGCUGGAACGAGCUCAGCAAGGCCGGGUAAUUAAUGUUUCCGCCCAUGGGUAUACGGCAGCCAAAAUGAACAUUGAGGAUCCGCUCAACACCGGAAGCUGGGCACCCGGGUAUCACGCAAGAGAUGCAUUUUCCCAUUCCAAACUGGCCGUUGUGAUGGUCAGUCGAGUGCUAGCUGGAAAACUGAAAGCGGCAAAAUCCAAAGUCACUAUCAAUGUGUGCAGCCCUGGGUUGGUUCGUGGAACCGAUCAUCUCAGAUACUCACCCGUUAUGAGGGCACUGUUUGCCAAAGUGUUCACCUACCCUUGGAUGUGGCUGUUUAUGAAAAAACCCGCCCAGGGGGCUCAAACUAUGGUCCGGCUGGCAACCGAUCCGGCACUGAGUGCAACCUCGGGGGAGUUUUUCAAUGACUGUGAACAAACGGACAUUUCGGAGCUGGCCAAGGAUGACCUGUUGGGAGAGAAGCUGUACAAGGAGACUAUGAAAGCGUUAAAACUUUAGCGAAGGAUUUCUUUUGUUCAAUAACUAAGAAUA